CUACAAAGCCAGUGCCUUCAAUGCCAUAGGAAGGAUCACUCAUGUGGGGCUGGCACGAUGGCUUGGCAGGAGUAGGUGGAGUAUGCGGGUAAACUCAGCCAAGGAGACACAGUAGAGAUGCUUCCGGCUUGGACUGGCACUUCUAGAAACCAGCGAGAGCCCUCAGAUCCUGGCUCCGAAAAGUCCCCGGAAUUUCCUCUUUCUCCAACCCCAUUGGCUUUAGUCUUUGGUCACCUGACUCAUCCAACCAACGAGAGGCGGCUGCAUCGGUACUUCCGCCUCUGUGUGCGAGUCACUAUGCCCACCCUAGGAGCACUCUGAUUGGCUCUCCUCCUGAAACUCGAUCGCUUAUUGGCCAGCGCUGGAUUCGGCUCUCCAGCGGCAACCUAAAGCUGUGUCAGACAAGCCCGGCUAGCCCAGGAGCCAUGGCGUCUUAUUUUGAUGAGCACGACCGCGAGCCGUUGAAUCCUGAGCGUGAGGCCCGCAACAAUAUGUUGCUGGAACUCGCGAGAAGAGUGCGCGGGGCUUGGAGCUGGACCCCGGGCGGCAGAUCGCUCUUUACUAGGAUGGACUUUCAGGACCUGGGGUUGGUAGAUUGGGAACACCACCUUCCCCCACCAGCUGCCAAGGCUGUGGUGGAGAGCCUCCCUAGAACAGUCAUCAGUAGCUCCAAGGCUGAUCUCAAGUGCCCCGUGUGCCUUUUGGAAUUUGAGGAGGAGGAGACUGUGAUCGAGAUGCCCUGCCAUCAUCUCUUCCAUUCCAACUGCAUUCUGCCCUGGCUAAGUAAGACAAAUUCCUGCCCUCUGUGCCGCCAUGAGCUGCCCACUGAUGAUGACAGCUAUGAAGAGCACAAGAAAGACAAGGCUCGCAGGCAGCAGCAGCAGCACCGCCUGGAGAACCUCCAUGGAGCCAUGUACACGUGAGGCAGCCGCCAGGGCUGAGAGCUCAGCCUCUGUGAUACCUUUCUUCUGCACUCUGAAUCAUUAAAGGUUUCUUUACCCACCCUGCAGCUGCACAGCUCACCAGCUGAAGCAGGGGCUCCUUCCGAAUCCUCCACCCUGCUGCUAGCCAGAAAGAUGUCAAAUGUCCGAAGGUGCCAGGCUGCAAUUCCCUCUGCCAGCCUCUAGACUCUGGGUGGUGGGGCCCUAGAACAACCAGGGCUUGGGUCUGAGUGUUCUUUUAGAAGUCAAACUGUGUCAGAGCCUGGCACUUUGUAGCUGUUUAAAACUGAUAAAUUAACUUGUACCACCCCCCUCCGGAAAUCUCUAGUUAACCUUGGAACCUUUAGUUAACCUUGGAAUCCUGGGGGUGUUCUUUAUUUCCACAUAGAAAACUUUUAACAUUGUAAAAGUUGCUCUCUGUAUCCCACUCCUGUAGGAGCCAUUAUCAAGGAAUCAAAGGUCAAGCCAGCCCAAGUAGGGCAAGGCUCUUUAGAGACUCUUAAGGGGGACAGCCCUUGUGGAAGUUUUGAAAGUGGGUUUCAUUCGCUCUGUGACCUUGGCUGUCUUGGAACCCACUAUACAGACCAGGCUCGCCAUGUACUUAGGAGAUCCUUCUGCCUCUAUCUCCCCAGCGUUGGGAUUACUGUAUGUACACACCCUUACAAUGUAUUUGAAUGGCAUCUGUCACUCUUAGUUUCUGGCAACCUCAAGAAUCUUUCCUGGGGGAAAGGACUUCUGUCCAUCCCUGCCCACUGGAUUGGACCCUCCCUGAUUCUCCAGAACACACUGCAGACGUGCAAAUUAGAAUUCUUUUAAUAGAUAUAAAAAAGUACUAAAAUA